AGACGUGUGUGAGGCAUGGCCGGCAUCAGCUCCCACUUCCUCCUCUCGCCGGCGACGGCGACGGCGCCGCCGCUGUCGCUCUGCCCUCGCCCCCGUCCCGCUGCCGUUGGAGGCGGCCUCCUCCGGCCGAGCGAAGUGCGGCGCCGAAUCAGUUGCUGCUCGAAACCGGAUGAUGCAGAAGAAUGUGCAACAAGCAAGUCAGACACCAGUGGCAAGGAUGAAGAAACUACCCCUUCUAGAAGAAAAUGUCUUGCUUGCCUGUGUGCUGUAACAUUGAUCAGUGCGUCAGGCCCAACACUUUAUACACCAAAUGGACUUGCCGCAGAUAUGCAAAAGGCAGUAUGCAGGAAUUGUGGCGGUGGCGGCGCUAUAAUAUGUGAUAUGUGUGGCGGCACAGGGAAAUGGAAGGCUCUCAACAGAAAGAGAGCCAAAGAUAUUUAUGAGUUCACAGAAUGCCCGAAUUGCUAUGGGCGGGGGAAGCUGGUCUGCCCAAUUUGUCUUGGAACAGGCGUCCCGAACAACAAGGGGCUUCUCCGACGACCAGAUGCAAAGAAGUUGCUUGAAAAGAUGUACAACGGCAAGCUUUUGCCCAACUCUUAGGAUCAGCAAGGAAAAUGAUAACCAGGUCUGUAUGAUCAGAUUAUGUAUUCCAGUUUUUUGCUGAGACUUCGGUUUUGACUAGAUGUCAGGCUGCAUCAGCAGUUCUUGAGAGAAUGGUUUUGAGUAAUGUAAGUGCUAAAAUACGUUCCAAGUAUAACCAGUUCUUCACAGUGUAUACAGAUAGAAUCGUUUGAAUAGAUGUGAAUUGUGAGUAUGUCA